CUUAUUUUUACCAUACUUGCAACCACCUAGGAGUUUCCAGCACUAUCGAGAACAGCCUCUUUCCUUUUUUUUCUCCUCUCUCUUGACUCUUGAGUUUUCGGUUCAGUGCUUCAUUGCUGUGUCUGGAACUUUUUCAUCGACUUUUUCUUUUCCUUCUUUUGACAAGUUUCGGGGGCUAAAUUGAAGGAGUAACUGAUGGCAGAGGAGCAGAAGAAAGCUGAAUCUGUGGCACCCCCACCCCCACCACCAACACGACCACCACCACCACCUCCUGUAGAAAGAACUUCUCGUGCUGAGCAAGAAGAAAAAGAAGCUCCUGAGAAGUAUGUUUCAUCAGCUGUUGCUGAGAAAUAUUCACCUGCAGUCCCUCAAAAGGUAGCAGAUCCUGUGGAGAAAUAUUCAGGGGGAUCAUUUGAUAGAGAUGCUGUUCUUGCAAGAGUUGAAACGGAGAAAAGACUGGCCUUGAUCAAAGCUUGGGAGGAGAGUGAGAAAACCAAAGUAGAGAACAAGACAUAUAAGAAGCUCUCAGGCAUUGGAUCAUGGGAAAACACUAAAAGAGCAGCUGUAGAGGCAGAACUAAAGAAAAUCGAGGAAAAACUGGAGAAGAAGAAGGCUGAGUAUGCAGAGAUGAUGAAGAACAAAAUAGUCGAGAUUCACAAGGCAGCGGAAGAGAAGAGGGCGAUGGUCGAAGCCAAGAAAGGCGAGAGUUUCCUCAAGAUCGAAGAAACUGCGGCGAAGUUCCGCGCCACUGGCUAUACUCCUAGAAAGCUUCUGGGUUGCUGCACCGGCUAAAAGUUCCCAUGGACCGAAAAUUCUUAGUCGAAGUUACAAAAGAAAAUUAUCAAAAUAAAUGGCUUGUCCAUGUGAUUCUGCAUUUUGCUUUGUUCUUUGCCGUGCUCAUGAUAUUUCUUGUGUAUAGGCAUUAUCAUUUCAGUU